AUGCAGAGCCUCUCGUCCCGUUUAUUCCACAGUGGAUCUGGUUCCGCAAAAUCCUCUGCAAAGCAGCCAUGUCGAAAGGCGGAGGCUGGUUUCCGUACUAUCGAUGAAGGCAAGAUUUCUGAGCAAUGCGAUCGCUCACUUGAAAUGUGGUGGACGAAACGACAAGCUAUCAACCAGCUGCAGUAUGCGCUAUCAAACGGCGACAUCGAGGUCGAGACUGCAAGUGUUUCCACUUUGGAUCACUCGCCUGGCCUAGGCACGGUCGGCAAGCUAAUCGACAAGACUGGACAAGCUGUUGAACGCCUAUACUCGAAACCUUCACCACGGACUUUGAUGAAGGAGUUGUGGAUAGUCUCUGCAGUAACGGAGCCGAUUUCGAAGUCGCAAGAUCGCAAAGACCUUAUGCCUCGCUGCCAGAAUGCCACGGAUUUCUGGAGGUACUACGAUGAGUCGCGGCAGAAGUACGCAUUGGAGCUGGACGUCGAGCCAUCCGCGUUCGACCCGAAGACCGAGGGCGAGCGGCUCGUCGGGUACUGGCGUGCUUUACGAUGGGUCCCCGCGCGCGAACUGCGCUGGCGGUCGAAAAGCUACCGUCCCAUCAUCGCAUAUGUGGACAACUCCGGCAAGCACAGACACUUUGCUUACGUGCGGUACUUCGACGCCAGCCAUGACCGUCCCGGGAGGCUGAUCACGGCCACCCUUGACGACGUGUUGGCGUACGGGGGCGGGGACUACUGGUGCAUCCUGUCAGCGCCGAUCCUGAACGACGGAGAAAUUCCGCAGAUCUACUGGGCGUCUCCUUCGUGCUGCAACAUGCUCGCGCUCACGGGCGACGACUACUCCACGAUGCGGAUGCUCCAUCUACCCGACGCCCUCCCGGACGUCCGCCUGGUCAACGCGGUCACGCUCGAGCCGCAGACCAUCAGAGGCGGGGACAUGAAGAUCGUCGACUGCCCCACCUGGUUCAACGGCGGGCCCGCCCUCCGAUGGGACGGCAAGCGAUGGAUGCGCCCGCUGCAGCCCGACGAGCUGGAGGCGGCAUGGGAGGAGAAGGUCGAGUAUGACGCGCCGACGCCGCUGGAGGACAACGACGAGUGGCCGCGGAACGUGCUCGAGCGGGCCCCGGAGAUGCUCGCGCGCGUCUACUGGAGGACGAGGGACGCGGAUGACGGCGGGUACAUGCGGCGGCAUGUGGACAAUCUUGCGCGCCCCGAGGACUUUGGCGCGGUGAUCCCGUCUCCCCUGUUCUCGGUUUGA